AUGUCGUCUACUUCAACUCCAAUCUCUCCAACCUCCAAUUCUUCUAACAAUGCAAACGGAGAAAAACAGGUUCCUACUUUGGCUGAAAUGGUUAAACAAUUAAAUAUAGAAAAACUUAUAGAAUUUUUGCGUGAUGAAGAUUUGCAACUUACUGAUUCUUAUUUCGAAGUCCUAUGCAAAGAGGAAAUUUUCGGAUUGAGUUUUGGAUCUGCGACGGCUCUCGUGGAGUUUGCAAAAGAAGUCAAGGAUAAAAAAUUGAGUGCAUUUUCGUCACAUCGCACUCUGAAAGACUUUAAGGAAGUUUUAGCGAAGUGUGGCAUUGACAUAACAAGUAUUCCACAAUUCAGCCGGAACAUGGAAACAGUAGCCGACAGCAAUAAAGGCAUGCGUAGAGAAUAUAUUUCUUCGAUUCUUCAUGCAUUAGUUCCUACGGAAUGGCAUUUUAUCAAACUCGCUACGGAAGAGUUAUAUUAUACCAGCAAAAGUGAAUAUCAGAUUAAUUUAUCCAAAAUGGUAUUGAAGGAGGAUCUUGAAUCAAUCAGGAAGGGUGUUAAAACA